AGUUGUGAUCCAACAGAACUUGCGGUCAUCCGAUGUUCAGUACUUCAGUACUUUGAUUAGACUCGGUACGGAAAUGUACGUGUGGACUGAAAUUAGCAACACCCUCCAAUUCCCACCAUUCCAAGUUUAAAGAUGUCGAUAAAUUUUAUGGAGAAAAUUUUAAAACGAAGAGAAAGCAGACUGAAAUAAAUAACAAAUAUUAUGGCUGAAGAACAAGGUGCUGACCCAUUAAGCAAGGAGGAAAUAGAGGUUGGAAUAAAGAAACUGAUAAAUUUUGGAAACAUUGAUGAUCCUAAUAAUAUAAAUUUGAAUACUAAUUCAAAUUUAGAUCAGAAAGAUAAUCAGGAUUGUACAAAAAAAGGAAAUUCAGCAAAAGAAAAAAACUCAGCUUUAGAAGAUCAGCAUCAUAGUACAAAAUCAGAAAAAGCUCAGUCCAAAAGUAAAACAAAGAAAAGUAAAAAAAGUAAAAAAAAGGUUUCUGAGCUUGUCACAGAAAAUGUCUCUAAUUUUAAACAAGAUAAACAGAGUUACAUGGCUAAGCAGUCAACAGGUCAACAGUCAUCAAAAGGAAUGUCACAAUAUCAGACAGAAGAAAGAGAUUUCCUAAAACCAGGAUUAAUAAUAUCUGUUAAUAAGGAAAGUAAAAGACAGAUAACCACAUAUUUAUCAGAUAGUCCAGGCAGUGCAAUGGGUAUAAAAAGAGGGGAAGAUAACCCAGACCUAACCAUUUCUGAUAAGAAAAUUGUAGUUGAUUCAGAAAAGGAAUAUACAAAAAGAAAUAAGAAGGUGAAAAAGUCAACACCAGAUAAUGGCAUAGGGGAUGAUAAAGAGCAAGAAGAUAAAAAAUUGUUUAAUAAAAAAGAGUCCCAAAGCAAUCCAAAUAUUGAUGAAGUUUCAGACAGAUUUUGGAAUAGCAAAAUGGAAGACAAAAAGAUGAGAAUGGGAAGAAGUAAGGAAGAAAAUGAAAAUGGUGCACAGAAUAGGGAUCAUUGUGGUUUGGAUGAAGAUAUACCACUUGAAAAAGUACACCAGAUUUUGGAAAAAGACAAAAUAUUUCCAUUGAAAAAGAAAUCUGUCAGGUUUCCAAGAGCACGAUAUUUCUGUCGUGUCUGUGACUAUCAUAUGGAUACCCUAGAUGAUGUGAGAAGGCAUGGCAAAGAUCAUCGUCAUAAACGUAGAGUUGAAAAUAUCAAUAUACAGGAUGUAUUGAAAAGAUUAACUGAACCAUCAGAAAAACAAAUACUGGCUGUAGAAUCUUUGUUGGAGAGAACAUUUAAUGAACAUCACCUAACUAAAGCAAUGAUGCAGGAAAGACAUGAAACAGUUCAACAUUUAGAAACAUUUUUGAAAAAUAGUUUACCAGAUGCUAAGCUGAAUAUAUUUGGAUCAUCAUUUACUGGUCUUGGAUUAAAAAGUAGUGAUGUCAAUGUUGAUUUGGAUGUACAGAAGGACCACGCAAAAUGUUUGACAGCAGCAUUCAGAGCAAUGAAAGAAUGUGAAAAUUAUGAAAAAGUAAUCAGUGAUUUUAGUUCAAAAGUGCCAUGUAUUUAUUUUACUGUCAGCAACGUUCAGUACAGAAUAACAAUAAACAAUGAAUCAGCCAGGAAUUGCAGUCUGUUAUUAAAGUUGUAUGCAGAAUGUGAUCAACGAUUCCUGAAAAUGGCUGUUGUUUUAAGAUACUGGGCAAAGAUUUGUAAGAUUGAUCGGCAAGAUGAAGGAACAUUGCCUGCAUACAGUUUUUACCUAUUGCUGGUGUUCUACCUACAGAGAUGUAAACAACCAGUCUUGCCAAUAUUGUAUCAGGGUACAGAUACUACUGAGUGUGUGUCUCCAACAAAAAACAAGAUCCAGUCAAAGCCAGAGUUUGAUUUCGGUGAAAUUCAGGACAUGGCAAAUCAUUGGAGCUCAGGGAACACAGAUUCUGUUGGAUUCUUAUGGAUUGGGCUGUUCAAAUUUUAUGCUUUAGAAUUUGAAUUGAAUGCUCAUGUAGUAUGUAUUAGAAACUUUGGUGUCUGCACAAGGGCACAAAAGAAAUGGAACAGCAAGAAACUUGCAAUUGAAGAUCCAUUUUCAUUAAAGAGAAAUGUUAGCAAAAGUGUUGCUGGGUUUGAAUCAUUUGAGUAUAUAUGGGAUUGCAUAAGAAAGGCUUAUCAUUAUUUUGGUCAACCAACAAACUGUAAACAAAUUAAAAUGGACAAAAAGAAUAAUAGAAUUGGAAGUAAUGAUAGUGUAAAAAAAGAUAAAGACUUGACACAAAUGAAGACAGAAACAAAAAAAGACCAAGCAUAUAAACCAAAGCAGAAAUCAGCCAUAGAGAAUUGCGGUUCUCAGGAAGGAACUAGAAUUGAGCAAAACAAACUUGAUACAAUUAAAACAGAAUAUCAACCUGCUUCAAAUACUUCAACUGUGAUUAAUUCUGUAGAGUCAAAUGCGACUGCCAGUUCAAUAAAAUCCAACAAAACAGUAACAUCUUCAUGUGACUCCUCUGAAGCAGUCAAUCUGUCUCAUGCUACAGACAAAUUUAUAGACAAGAAUAUUUCAUUACCCAGUGCAGAAAGAUGUAAACAAACAGGGUCUGCAGAAAACUUGUUAACCAAUUCUGAACAAAAACCAUCAGAUUCAGAUAAAAACCAAAUAACCAAUUCUGAACAAAAGAAUUCAGAACACUUGAUUAAGUUAGCCAAAUCUCUUGUGAAUGAAGUCUUAGAAUCAGCAUUAGUUACUUUGAACUUACCAAUAUCUAGAAGUUUAAACUGCACUGACACUAACUUGCCAGUAGUACAUCAGUCUAAUUCUGAUAUGUUGGAGAAAGAAGAUACCGAACAGAGAAAGGAUCUAAAAAAUUUGGAGCAGUAUAACUAUGUUUUUCAGUAUAAUGUUCUCACAGAUGGAAAGGGACCAGUGAUAUUCUGUUCUUUGUGUGAAAAAGAGGGUCACUUGAAACAAUCUUGUCCUGAUGAUAAGCUACCUGAAUUGUCUGCUCUUCCAAAGCUGACAAAGUCUCAUAAAGAUGCCCUGUCAUCAUUGCUAAAAAGAAUACCUGGGGAAUAUGGUCCAAAUGAAGUAGAAUUACAAGAAAGAGAGAUGGUAAGAAGAGAAUUGGAAGAGUUUAUUCAGGAACUUUACCCAGAUUCCAGAGUACAUAUGUUUGGAUCAUCUUAUAAUGGUUUUGGAUUUUCCAAAAGUGACUUGGAUCUUUGUGUUACAUUUGACAAGCAUCCUACUGGAGAAGGUCUUGAUAUGGUACACUUCAUUGAAUACAUUUCUUGCAAGCUUAAAACGCAUCGUGGACUCUAUAAUGUGUUCCCAAUAACAUCAGCAAAAGUUCCAAUAGUAAAAUUUAAACAUCGAAGAACUCAGUUAGAAGGUGACAUCAGUAUGUAUAAUUUAUUGGCAUUACAUAAUACAGAAAUGGUGAGAAUGUAUGCUUCCAUUGAUCCAAGAGUUAGAAUUUUAGGAUAUGCAUUGAAGGUGUUUGUGAAGAUAUGUGAUAUUGGUGAUGCUUCAAGAGGAAGUUUGUCAUCAUAUGCUUAUAUCCUAAUGUUAAUUCAUUAUUUACAACAGUGUAAGCCACCAGUGAUUCCAGUUUUACAAGAGUUAUACUAUCACUAUGGGCCAGAUAAACCAGAAUUCCUAAUUGAUGGAUGGAAUGCUUGGUAUUUUGACAACAUGAAAGCACUUCCAGAUGUAUGGUUAGGUUAUGGGAAGAACAGGCAAUCAGUAGGAGAAUUAUGGUCAGAAUUGUUUUGUUAUUAUACUGAAUUAUUCAACAUGAAAGAGCAGGUGGUUUGUUGUAGACAGAUACCAGUCUUGACUAAAUUUGAAAAGUUGUGGAAUAGUCCAUGUAUAGCUAUAGAAGAUCCAUUUGAUUUAGGUCAUAACCUUGGAGGAGGACUGUCAAGGAAAAUGCAACAUUUCAUCCAGAAAGCAUUUAUAAGAGGAAGAGAUUUGUACGGCAAUCCUAGACCUGAUUUGGGAAUGAACUUAGAAGUAUUGGCAGGAUACUUUUUUGAUGUUAAUCGUCUAUCUGAAGGUCCACCACCAAAUGAUCGUUGUUGCAGAGCCUGCAAUAAAAUAGGACAUAUUGCAAAAGAAUGUCCUGUAGUAAAAAAUAGGAAAGAUAGGGAAGAAAAAGAAAAAAAGAAGAAGGCUGAAUAUAAUCAUAGGGAAGGAAAACGGACAUUCCAGGCAAACCAUACAAACAAUGCUAGCAAAAUUGAGAAUAGUAAUCAGCAUAAAAAUCCGGGUAGUUAUGGGAAAGAAAGAGUCUAUCACCGUACAGUUUCCGAGUCAAAUGACUUGAAAUUUUAUCCGAGCAACCUAGAGUCUAGAUCUCAUCCUCAUCGUUCAGCUUCAGUACCUGCAAACAUCUAUGAAAAUAAACCAGUUAAUGUUGGCUAUAAGGAUUUCCCCCAGAACCCAAAUCACCAGACAUAUCAUCCAUUCAAUCAAGGAGUCCCAUUCUAUCUACCACAUCAACUGUCAUCCUCACCAGGAAGAUCACCAUCUUACCAUGCAGGUCACCAGAGGCAGCAAAAGAAAACCAGAAAUGAACAGAAAAAGGAUAAAGACAUCUAUAGAGAAAGCCCAAGGCAGAAUCAGCAAGACUCUUUUCACAGGCCAGAUGAAAAUUACCACAGACAGUCUAAAAGCAGAUUUGAACCACAGUUAUAACAUUGAUUUUUUAAUGUAAUGAUGCUUUUAAUUAAAUAAACUCAUUUUAGUCCAUGUAAAAAA